AUGAUUCUCUUCAGCUGUAUUAGUGUACUUGUUGCUGCCAGUCUCGGGGCAACGCAGAAAACCGGCCAUGAUACAGUGGCGUACAAAGCGUUUGCAGCACGCCAGGCCCUCCAGCGAUGCACGCCAUCUUGCAGUGUGAAGGUCGGAGUCCAGCACGAAUACAGGUGGUUCCCUAUGCCAAUUUCAACUACUAUCGUGGCGGCCACAAUUGUAAAAAUCGUCAACACGGUUAAAGGCACGACUCGAACGUCCACCAUAUAUAAUAGUCUGCCGAGCGGAUACACACUCCCGCCCACAAAUUCGGACGGGAAACAAGUGUCAACUCUGACAUACACUCAGCAAGGGUUAGCUAAGACAACGGUCCUUACAUUUCCCACAAGCUUCGUAUCCUGGCCGGAUGGAUAUACCUGGAGCGGCACGCUGCAAACCAAAUCCAACAACAAGGAGACAUGCGUGACGGCAUCGACGCCCGUAUACGUCCCCUUUUCAUCGUUUCCUCAGCCUCAAGCGACCGAAACGCUGAGCCACCCGGCAGGCCCGGACCCGAACGGCCUUCUUUUCAAGAUGAAGUCAGUCGUCGCGGGGUUUGACGCGUACAAGAAGGAAUUCAAGGACCAAGCCGCGCUGCAGACGUGUUCGAUCACACCCUGGCCGGCGCCUCUGGUGGUGGAGCCCACAGCACAGUUUCUCAGCGAGACUUCGACCUCGUUUGAAGGAGACCAAGCUACAUCGUCUUCUCACAGCGCCACCCCGCCCAAAGUCACACCUUCUGCAGCGUCGUUGUCAGGGUCCCCAUAUUCCAUGCUCUUGCACCUUGGUAUUACUGCGGCGGUGAGCAUCGCGGCGUAUAUGUAG